AUGGAGAUUUCAGUUGAUAACAACAAACCCACAAAUCUGCAAGGAGGAGAGAAGAUGGCCACUAGAAAGUUUGGUGUUGAGAUUAGCCAUAACAGAAGAGCUUUGGGUACAAUUAAUCAGAGAGGUGGAGCUCAAAAAUGCCCCUGUGUUGUCAACAAGAGAGCUUUACCACAUGCAAAUGGAAACAAUGAGAACAUUGGGGUGAAUCAACUUCAUAGGCCAAUCACAAGGAAACUUGCUGCUCAAAUUGCCAACAAGAAACAGUGUUUCCCUGAGGAUGUUUUGAAGCCAAAACAAUCAACUGAGAGUUUUAAAGUAUGGGAAGAUGUGGAAGAUGAACCUGUGCCCAUGGAGGUUGAAAUGGAGGAUAUAUUUGUAGAACCGGUGGUUGAUAUCGACAUUUCCGACACCAAAAAUCACCUUGCUGUUGUUGAAUAUGUUGAAGAUCUCUAUGCUCAUUAUAGAAAGAUGGAGAGUUAUGGCAUGGUUUCACCAAACUAUAUGUUAACACAACAAUCUGACAUAAAUGAAAGGAUGAGAGCUAUACUAAUUGACUGGCUCAUUGAGGUCCACCACAAGUUUGACCUUCAACAUGAGACACUGUUCUUGACAGUAAACCUCAUAGACAGGUUCUUGGCCAAGCAAAGUAUGGCUAGAAAGAAGCUGCAACUGGUUGGUUUGGUUGCCAUGCUUUUGGCUUGUAAAUAUGAGGAAGUUUCCGUGCCAGUUGUCGAUGAUUUGAUCUUCAUCUCCGACAAAGCGUACUCAAGAACCGAAAUUCUUGAAAUGGAAAAAUUGAUGUUGAACACAUUAGAGUUCAAUAUGUCAGUUCCAACCCCAUAUGUGUUCUUGAAAAGAUUUCUCAAGGCAGCUCAAUCUGAGUCAAAACUCGAGCAAAUGUCGUUUUUCUUGAUGGAGCUUUGCCUGGUGGAAUACGAGAUGAUCAAAUUCGCACCAUCGUUCUUGGCUGCAGCUUCGGUCUACACUGCUCAGUGCAGUCUUUAUGGGCUGAAGCAAUGGUCCAAGACUUGUGAAUGGCAUACAAACUACUCUGAAAAUCAACUUCUGGAAUGCUCAAAGAUGAUUGUGGGAUACCACCAAAAGGCAGCAACAGGGAGAUUAACUGGGGUUUACAGGAAGUACAACACUUCAAAGUUUGGCCAUGCAGCAAAGUGUGAGCCAGCAAAGUUUAUUGUUGAAGAAGAGAGCUGCUGCUAA